AUGUGGCAGCCCACACUCCUCGUCCUCCUCGUCGCCGUCUCGCUCCGCGCGUGCACAGCGGCGGCGAACGGCCGCGGCAAGCCGCUGGUCACGCCCGUCACCAAGGACCCCUCCACGUCUCUCUACACGGCGCCCCUCAACGCCGGCCGCCCGCUCGUCCUCCACCUCUCCGCCCCGGACGUCACGUCGCCGUACAGCGCCGGCCACGGACAGAACACGCGCGUGACGCUCUCCGCCAACGCCACCGACGGCAGCAACCCGCUGUUCCCUGUCUCCUUCUCCGUGGCCGCCUCCUGCGGCGCCGUCGGCGUCGCUGGGCUCGCGCGCUCCGCCCGCUCGUUCCCGGCGCAGGUGGCGAGCACGCAGAGGGUCACCAACUCGUUCAUGCUCUGCCUCCCGGGCGGCGGUGACCGCGCGGGCGCGGCCAUCUUCGGCGGCGGCCCCUUCUUCCUCGCUCCCCCCGCGGACCGGCCAGCAGUCACGAUGUUCCUCUCCGACGGGGUCCCUCUCCGCCGCCCGUUCGCCGGAGACCCAGGCUACUACGUGUCGGCCAGCAACGGCAUCGCCGUCGACGGCGCGCGCGUGGCCGUCAUAGGCGGCGGCGCGCUCAUCGUCGGGUUCUCGACCACGGUCCCCUACACGGAGCUCCGCCCCGACGUGUACCGCCCAUUGAUCGCGGCCUUCGACCGCGCCAUGGGCCCCAACGCGAGGAGGGUCACGGCGGCGGUGGCUCCGUUCGAGCUGUGCUAUGACUCCACGAAGCUGCUGUCGACGCAGACGGGGUACUCGGUGCCGGAGGUGCACGUGAUGCUGGAGGGCGCGCAGAACUGGACGGCUUUCGGGGACAACUCCAUGGCCCAGGUGAGCCGCGGCACGGCGUGCUUCGCGUUCGUGGAGAUGAAGGGCCGCGACAAGGGUGCGGUGCCGGCGGUGGUGAUCGGCGGGCUCCAGAUGGAGAGCAGGCUGGUGGUGGUCGACGAGGACAAGCAGAAGCUCAGCUUCAGCCGGCACCUCUCGGCCGAUGGCUUCUCGUGCAGCAACUUCAAUUUCACCAGGGCGGCCUAG